AAAUUAAAAGGUAUGAAACUCCAAGACAAAAACCUUUGUCUUGCAGUGGCGGCAAAAACGCUGCCAUUGCGACCACUCACUCCGACCUCCCACCCUCCCUCACCCAUCCCUCAAUUCUUCCCCGCAACAUUAGGGUUUCUUUUCUUUUCCGAUCAUCAAAUUCACUUCAAUUCAAUCCAAUUCACCCCUUCUUCAACCCCUUUCUCGCUGUCUCUCUCUAUUCUUCUCUCUUCUCUCUUCCGCUUUUCGUUUCUUUCUUUGUUCCUGUUUUUAACUGCUUCAAAUUGCUCUCCUAAUUGAUGCGCUGGAAACCCUAAUCUUCAUUUCUUUAGUUUGAAUUUUAGUGGUUUGGAUUAAAACUUUGAAAUGAUUUGUGCCCAGGGCUUUACUCCCUUAACCCAAUUUGGGUUUUCAUUUUCUUUGUCUUCUCCAUUGGAAACUCAGAGAUAUGGGUUUUCUACUCCCCGAUUGUAUAUGGUUUCUCCUAUUUCUUGCAAUUACCAGGAUUCUACUUUCUCUGUUUCCCGAGCUGCUAAGUUUCGGGAUUUAAGGUUGUUCAAAUCGGUUGAGUUGGACCAGUUCAUCACCAGUGAUGAUGAAGAUGAAAUGGGAGAUGGGUUUUUUGAGGCAAUUGAGGAAUUGGAACGGAUGACGAGGGAACCAUCGGAUGUUCUUGAAGAAAUGAACGACCGCCUUUCGGCUAGGGAAAUUCAGCUUGUGUUGGUGUACUUCUCUCAAGAAGGUAGAGAUUCAUGGUGUGCUCUUGAGGUUUUUGAGUGGCUUCAAAAGGAAAAUCGGGUUGAUAAGGAGACCAUGGAGCUGAUGGUGUCUAUAAUGUGUAGUUGGAUCAAUAAGUUGGUGGAGGGAAGACAUAAUGUUGGAGAUGUUGUUGACCUUCUUGUGGAUAUGGAUUGUGUUGGCUUGAAACCUCAUUUUAGCAUGAUAGAAAAGGUUAUCUCUUUGUACUGGGAAAUGGGUGAGAAGGAAAAAGCGAUUUUCUUUGUGAAAGAGGUUUUGGGACGCAAUCUUGCUUUUAUGAAGGAUGAUUGGGAGGGGCAUAAAGGAGGACCGAGCGGUUAUCUCGCAUGGAAGAUGAUGGUUGAUGGUGACUACAGAGGUGCAGUGAAAAUGGUGCUGCAUCUUAGAGAAUCUGGGUUAAGGCCAGAGGUUUACUCCUAUCUUAUCGCCAUGACUGCUGUGGUUAAAGAGCUGAAUGAAUUUGCAAAAGCUCUUCGGAAACUCAAAAGCUAUGCAAGAGACGGGUACGUGGCUGAACUUGAUAAAAACAAUGUUGAACUUGUUGCGAAGUAUCAGACAGAGCUUCUAGCUGAUGGUGUACGGUUAUCCAACUGGGUGCUUGAAGAGGGAAGCUCUUCAAUUCAUGGGGUGGUUCACGAGAGACUCCUUGCAAUGUACAUUUGUGCUGGGCAAGGAGUCGAGGCAGAGAGACAGCUUUGGGAAAUGAAGCUUUUAGGCAAGGAGGCCGAUGCUGAUCUCUACGAUAUCGUGCUAGCCAUUUGUGCUUCACAGAAGGAGAUAAAAGCAAUGAAACGGUUGCUUACAAGGAUCGAGAUUACGAGUCCCAUGAUUAAGAAAAAGAGUUUGACAUGGCUGCUUAGGGGUUACAUCAAAGGAGGGCAUUUCCGUGAUGCUGCAGGAACAGUAGUAAAAAUGAUCAAUUUGGGUUUUCUCCCAGAGUACUUGGACAGAGUAGCUGUACUGCAAGGACUAAGAAAAGGAAUUCGUGAGCCAGAAAUUGUUCAUACGUACCUCGAUCUCUGCAAGUGUCUUUCCGAUGCCAAUCUAAUUGGACCUAGUCUUGUAUAUUUGCACUUACAGAAACACAAGCUUUGGAUCAUUAAAAUGCUUUGAAGAAACUCCUCAAUACCUACCUCUUUGCACAGGCAGCUAAUAAAAGUGGAGCAAAAACCAUAUUCAUAUCAUACAGCACCAGCUCUUUUUUAGGUGCUUUUACAUGUUGAUUUUGUAUAUUUUGAGGCUCUGUAAGCUGUCCCUGAAGAGGAAUACUUGUAUAUAUAUAAAUAUACAUAUAUGAGCCGCGAGCGUGCACAGAGAACCAAUGUUUCAAUGUAUAGAUUGUAUAAAGAAAUUACAUAUUCUGAUAUUUUUUAGUGUA